ACUCGACUUGUCUUGCUCUUGUGCCCACUACACAGCACGAGACAAUGCGCGCCCACCUCCUCGCGCUGCUUCUGCCCCUCGCGGGCGCCUUCCGCAUCCCCUUCGCGGACGAGGUCGACUCGUUCGCCAGCCUGCUCGUCGACGAGACGCACGGCGGCGCAGACACGGUCCUCUCCCCGGCGAGCGACAUCACGCUCGAGUCCAUCACCGACGACUUCCAUGUGCUCGUGAGCGCCGAGCACCCGCGGCACAAGGUGCGUAUCAAGUCGACCACGGGGUGGUGCGACCCCCAUGCGAGGUCGUACUCGGGCUACCUCGACGUAGGGUACGGCAAGGAGCUGUACUUUGCCUACUUCGAGUCGCGGCGCGACCCGUCAAGCGACCCAGUGAUGAUGUGGAUCAACGGCGGGCCUGGAGGAUCGUCCGCAAUGGGCCUGUACGGUGAGCUCGGCCCGUGUACCGUCAACCCCGGGGCCAAGAACCUCAACGACACCACGCCGAACCCGCACUCCUGGAACAACGAGGCCAACAUUUUCUUCCUCGACCAGCCUAUCAGCGUCGGCUUCAGCCACGCGCAUAAUGGCCAAGAGGUAUCCAACACCCCCCAGGCGGCGAAGGACGUCGUUGCGUUCAUCCAGAUUUUCUUCGAGACGUUCAAGGAGCUCGAGGGGCGCGCGCUCCAUCUCUCCGGCGAGAGCUACGGGGGCCGAUACCUCCCCGUGUUCGCCAGCGCGGUGCACGAUGCCAACGCUGGUCUUGUCGCCGCCGGCAAGACGCCGAUCAACCUCCAGUCCGUGCUCAUUGGCAACGGCCUCCCCGAUCUCUACUCCAUGCUCGAGUCCUUCCAGCCAUUGGGAUGCACACCGCAGGAAGGCGUCAACGGCACCAUCCUCAACAUUGAGCAAUGCAUUGCGCUUCGCUCCAACACCGCCAAGUGCCUCCAGCUGUCGACCAAGCACUGCCUCGACACCCACGACCCCGUCGACUGCGGCAUCGCGUUCGACUACUGCAUGAUCCAGGUGUUCUCCGCAUCCACCUGGGUCCACCUCAACCCGUAUGACGCGCGGCUGCACUGCUUCCCCGGCGAACCUGGCUGCUAUGCUUUCAUGUCUGACAUCGAGAAAUAUCUCAACCUCCCCGACGUCCAGCUCAAGCUCGGUAUCCCAAAGGGGUACAAGUACUCGAUGAUGACGCCCGAGCUCGGCGCGCGCUUCUUCCUCCAGCAGGACUGGACGUACAAGACGUGGGAGUAUGUCGCCGAGCUGCUCGAGCGCGGCGUGCGCGUCCUCAACUUUGUCGGCAUGGUCGACUGGGUGUGCAACCACAUCGGACAGGAGAUCUGGAUCGAGAAGUUUGACUGGACGGGCAAGGCGGCGUUCAACGCUGAGAAGCUCGUCGACUGGAAGGUCGACGGCAAGAAGGCUGGCUACGUCAAGUCGCAUGGCCCGCUGACUUUCCUCAAGAUCCUCGACGCAGGCCACAUGGUCCCGAUGGACCAGCCUGCCAACUCUGCGGCCUUCUUGAAGGCCUGGCUGGAUAACGGCGUCGUGGAGUAGUAGUGUGUGACCCUUUGUCGAUCCGAGGCACUAGUCUGAAGAUGAAUGCAAAACAGUGUGC